AUGAUAGCAAUGAGGCAGUCUCCGAACAUCAUCGUAACAGGUACCCCCGGUGUGGGCAAGACUACUCACUGUGAUGGCCUGGCGGAUAAAUUGGGGCUGCGGCAUAUCUCUGUGAACCAAGUUGUGAAAGACAAGGGUUGCCAUGAGGGUUGGGACGAAGACUUCCAGAGCUGGAUUGUCGACGAAGAUAAGCUACUAGACGCCAUCGAGGAUGAGGUGAAGCAGGGUGGCUGUUUGAUAGACUGGCAUGCCUGCGAUCUGUUUCCGAGGAGUUGGAUCGACUUGGUUGUAGUGCUUCGGGUAGAUUCUACCACCCUCUACGAUCGGCUGAAGGCAAGGAAUUAUGCGGAGGCCAAGCUUCAGGAAAAUCUGGAUUCGGAGAUCAUGGAAGUCCUCUUGCAGGAGGCGAGGGAUUCUUAUGAUGAUGAGAUCGUCAUCGAACUCACCAGUAACACGUCCGAUGAGAUGGAGACGAACGUGGACCGAAUUGAAGAAUGGGUGAAGCAAUGGAAGGCUGAUAAUAAUUGA